CCCUCUGUAGGGUCCGCCGCUUCCCACGUCCCGGCGAGCACAGGCACCCUCUCUAAAAGGAGCCGCAAGAGGGAGGGAGAAAUGGCCACAAGGUUGCUGCCAGCCCAGGCUCUGGUGUCUGUGACAUUCAGGGAUGUGGCUGUGUUCUUCAGCCGGGACGAGUGGCUGUGCCUAGACUCUGCGCAGAGAACCUUGUACCAGGAGGUGAUGCUGGAGAACUACAGCACCCUGUUCUCUCUGGGGAUUCUGUUUUCCAAACCAAAAGUUAUCCUCCAGUUAGAACAAGGGGAAGACCCCUGGAUGGUGGAAAAUGGAGUUUCUCAAAGCACAUAUCUAGGAUGGGAGAGCUUGUUUGAAACCAGAGUUUCUGAAGAAGAAAAUCAGGACGUAAUGAAUCAACUCUUAGGUGAUGGUCCUUUUGACUUUAGGUUGGGAAAAAUCUACAUAAACGAGGAAACCCUAGAGAAUCAACAAAGCAAAGAGAACAGAGCUUUGAGGGAAGUCUUAGUUACCAUCAAGAAAACAUGCAUGAAGGACAAGAGCUUUAUAGGUAUUGACCUUGGGAAAAAUCUUGAUCUAAAAUUAUCACUUAUUAGAAAACCCAGAAUUGUUUCCAGAGGAAGGAAACCUUGUUCACAGCAGUAUUCAAUUCUAUUUAAACAGCUGGGAAUCAGCACAGUGCGUAAGUGUUACAAGUGUAAUAUCUGCGGGAAAAUCUUCCUCCACAGUUCUUCCCUGAGUAAACAUCAGAGAAUCCAUACUGGAGAGAAGCUCUAUAAAUGUAAGGAAUGUAGGAAAGCUUUUAGCCAAAGCUCAUCUCUAACUCAGCACCUGAGAGUUCAUACUGGAGAGAAGCCUUACAUAUGUAGUGAAUGUGGAAAAGCCUUCAGUUUCACUACAUCUCUCAUUGGACAUCAGAGAAUGCACACUGGAGAGAGGCCCUAUAAAUGUAAUGAAUGUGGAAAGACGUUUAAAGGGAGUUCAUCCCUUAAUAAUCACCAGCGAAUUCAUACUGGAGAGAAGCCCUAUAAGUGUAAUGAAUGUGGGAGAACCUUUAGCCAGUGCUCAUCUCUUAUUCAGCAUCAUAGAAUUCAUACUGGAGAGAAACCAUAUGAAUGUAGUCAGUGUGGGAAAGCCUUUACUUCAAUAUCACGACUAAGUAGACACCACAGAAUUCAUACCGGAGAGAAACCUUUUAAUUGUAAUGAGUGUGGAAAGGUGUUUAGUUACCACUCAGCCCUUAUUAUACAUCAGAGAAUUCACACUGGUGAGAAACCUUAUGCCUGUAAAGAAUGUGGGAAAGCCUUUAGCCAAAGCUCAGCUCUUAUACAACAUCAAAGAAUUCACACUGGAGAAAAACCCUACAAAUGUAAUGAAUGUGGGAAAGCUUUCUCCUGGAUUUCACGGCUUAAUAUACACAACAGAAUCCAUACUGGAGAGAAACCAUAUAAUUGUAAGGAAUGUGGAAAAGCUUUCAGUUCGCACUCAGCAGUUAAUACUCAUCGAAAAAUUCAUACUGGAGAGAAACCUUAUAAAUGUAAUGACUGUGAAAAAGCUUUCAACCAAAGCUCAGCACUCAUUCAGCACCAGAGAAUUCAUACUGGAGAGAAACCAUAUAAUUGUAAAGUAUGUGGGAAAGCCUUUAGACAAAGUUCAUCCCUUAUGACACACAUGAGAAUUCAUACAGGAGAAAAGCCCUAUAAAUGUAAAGAAUGUGGGAAAGCUUUCAGUCAGAGCUCGUCUCUUACAUCAUCAGAGGACUCAUACUGGAGAAAAACUAUUAAGUUAAAUGCAUGGGGAAAAACCUUCCAACUGAAGUUCAUUCCUUACAAAAUAUCAAAUAAUUCAUUCUGGGGAGAAAAUCAUGAGGAGUAAUUAAUUGUGCAUUAAACUUCAGGAUUUAGACCUUGCCAAACAUCAGAGACUUAUGAUGCAAGGUAACCUUAGAAAUAUUAGGAAAGCUUGUAUAAAAUGUUUCUUCAUACAUUCUUAACUUAUUACUGACUAUAAAAUAGAAAAUGUAUCAAAUCAAAGGGUUAGUAUUUUAUUUUUUUUCUAGUGUUAUGUGGUAACAGCUACCCGCUUUCACAGGCAUUACUGGGAAGCUUGUUGAUUAAUGGAAAAGUGCAGCCAUAAAAUCCAGACUUUGGAUUAGUCUAGGAUUGUAUAUUUUUGAAACUGCAUUUGAGUUUCAAAGCCAGUUGUACUAAGAAAAAUGUAUUAGAAAUGAAAUUUAAACAGAUGACCUGGAACUACCUCACUGUCAGUAAAAUUUGUAUUUUUAAGAGUUUAAAAGCAACUUUUGUACUUGGUGGUGGUUAAAACUUUUGAGUUAUUUCUCCCGUGCUGCCUACGCCAUUCACUUGAAAAUAAAAUCACUCUGUAAACUGGUUUAAGUUCUGGGAGUGUUCUCCCUGACCACUUGUUCCAAAUUCUGAAUCAGAGCUAAAGUUACUUUAUUUCAAAUGACAAAAUACAUGAUAUUUCGCUUGUUUUUCUCAUAAAUUGAUUACCAAUGUUGUGUUACAUUGAGAAUUAAAGAUAAUUUAGACAACUACUGCUUUUGCAAGUUAAUUUACUGAUAAGAGUUGUUAAAAAUUAUCUUGCAAUGUAAGCAUAGGGAGCAUGACUCUUGGCCGCCAGGCUGUGUGCCUGCUUCCUUGAGUUCUCUGGUUACCAGCCACCAGGAAGACCCAGGAACACAUGGAACUCUGGUAGUUCUCCUGUUAGGUCAAAUGAACACGGUAGUUUUCACGCUUAUAUUUUACGUUCACCUCCAUCAGGUGAUGCUUGCUCCCUUUCACACUCUGAGGACCACUAGACAAAACUUGAGGCUCUAAGUUCAGAUGCUUUUUCCUCCAAAAAAUGGACUGUGUCCUUUAACAAGUUAUUAAUCCCAGAAACCAUUUCUACAAUGUGAACAGUAAUUUGAACAAGAUAAAAACAAAUCGUACUAAUAUUGUUGAGCUUCACAGAGGGUAACAUCUAAUUUUGCCAAUUUUAUCAGGAGUAGGCAAGCACUUAAGAACUGGAAUACUCAUUUCAUUGAAAAAGCAGUUUUUUUCUAUUUGCCAAGGUG